AUGUCAACAGACCAUCUUGAGCUCAAAUUAUACUCGGAGGACGAGGAAUUUCUUGUUCAAGGAAAGACAGAACCCAACAGCCGCUCGCAGACUUUGAUCUACUUUGUGAAGGACACCAGGUGGUGGAUCAAAGUAACUCUGAUUGGUACAAUCACUAACCUUCUCAACAAUGGCCAAAUCCAGCAGGCUUCGAAGCGUCAACGCCGCGUGUUAUUCCAAGACCUCAUUAGGCAAAUCAACUACAAGCAACUCCCUCUCCUUGCCGACACUGUGACUGAGCUUAUACUGGAAGCAGAUACGGCAGCAACAAAGCACAAUCUAGAGGUCGGAUUAGUUGGCACCCUGGGCACGAUGGAAGUUCUCAACAUAUUUCUGAAAUACAAGAUCCAAGAAGAUCCCCUUCGUGUUGUCUAUCCCGCGUCCGCCGAUUACCCUUGUUUUCGAAAGAUUCACGAUGAAGAGCUGACACGCGACACGGAAAUAUCAGACGGAGUAUUUCCAGUAUACCACAACGGGGUACAAUAUAUUCUCAAGAUAGUUAACCGUCCUCUUUACGAACCUCGAGAUACCCAUGUCUUUCAGAAGGAGCUGGAGAAUCUCGAGUACUUCACAGGCGUGCCCAAUAUUGUGCAGGCUGAGGGGGUUGCCGUAUCUAGGAACCCCUAUAUGACUACGAGUGGUAGCGAUGGACCCCUAGUUGUGACUGGGAUUCUACUAAAGGCAUAUUCCGAUGGAUCAUUGCGGGAGAUUCUUUUGGAAAACCGUGUUGCGGAGUACGCUUGGAAGAAAUGGCCCGUCCAAAUCGGAACCGCGCUCAAUCGCUUUCAUGAGGCAAAGAAAACCCAUAUGGACGUAAAACCUUCAAAUAUAGUCAUUGACAGCGGAGGAAAUGCAGUGGUCAUUGACAUCAGCGGCAUUGGCGGUAUAACUCGGGAAUGGUGCUCCCCAGAAAUCCAAGAUGAGGCGGCUCCCUUUGAUCUUUCGUUUGAACAACGCCGACUUAACGAUGUCUGGGCGUAUGGGAAACUUCUGUCCGAGAUCGCAUUGCAUGCGAGAGAUGAUCCAUUCACGAAAUCCUUGGAGCAGGUUGCAGAGUGUUUAAUGAAAGACAAUCCCCAAUCACGCAUGAGUUUACCAUGGGCAAUCAGAUAG